CCGAUGCGACCAGAGGAAUAUAUCGGGUGUAUUCACCGCCCGGUCUGGUGAAAACACCCGGCAUAUUCCUGAGUGAAAUCCUCCAUUUUACGGGCCAUUCUCGUUGUCGACAACGCUUUCGCCAUUGCUGUCGCCUACGCCUUCUGCAGAGUCCUGGCAGGUUUCUGAAGUUCAUGGAUAUCGUUCGAAAGUUAGUUCACGGCGAGAUAACAUCAGCUCGAGAUAGUCGCGUUCUCGGGAAAAUAAAUAGACGUUGCAACCAUAUCUCUAGGAUAUCCUCGUGAUUAGCAAAGUGUGUCCUUUUCACGUGGUUCAAUUCAAAAUAGGGAAUUCCCCCGAAUCUAAUUGUCCCGUAGUGAACUCUUCGUGCAUCGUGUGUUCAUAUCGAUUGAAUUUUCACGCCCACCUUACUGGUAACGUACUGGGAACUCGCAGAAGAGCGCAAUUAACCUGUGGGUAAACAGACAGGUAAAAUCUCAUCGAGGAGUGGACACCAAAUAACGUCAAAGAAAACCUGUCUGACGCCAAAGAUCCGACGGCGGACUGACUUUGCAAUGGUACGUGGCGUGAAAAGAAAUUCUUAAAGUGAAAACCGCUCGCGUGGUCCGGGUUGCACAAGAAUCUGAACAUCGGUUUCUACUCAGUUUUAGUUUAAUUGAAAUAGAUAAAAUGAAUUAGUGCCUAAUAUAAAUCAGAAAUUUAACAAAAGAUGGAAUCGAGUGACUUAAAAAAUCGCAAACAUGCCGGAAAAUCGAACAAACAUCGCGAAAACGCCUCCAAGCAGGAGAGACAAAACGAAAGACUUCGACGCUCCGUAAGCAAGGAACCCGAUAAAGAUGAUGGGCUACUUGAGGAUAUUGUGAAGACUUCACGGAAUUCACCGCGGGUUAGCGAAAAAAGUGAAAAUUCCUCAGGAAAGAUAAGUGCUAAUGGUAAUCUUGUGGGAAAAUCACUAAGUGGUAGUGGAAAUCUUAACGGUGCUGACGACGAUGCUGGUGUUGAGUCAAAGGUGACGAGAAGAGUUGGUGCUGAGACGAAGAAAUCGGGAGAAGUGGCCGCACGAGACGUAGAUAUUAAGAAUUUCACGGUAGAAUUCCGUGUGGAUUUAGUCACGGUGCUUUUGUUUGUUGUUGCGUUUUUCACGAGAGUCUAUAAGUUGGCGACACCGAAUAAUAUUGUCUUCGACGAACUCCAUUAUGGCAAAUAUGUAUCCCUUUACAUGCGAAAGACAUUUUUCUUCGACCAACAUCCCCCACUUGGAAAACAGCUCAUAGCAGCGGUGGCUCAUUUUACAGGCUACGAUGGAAAUUUCACAUUUUCAAGAAUAGGAACAGAAUAUGGGCCUGCUGUCCCCAUAUUCUGGCUCCGAUUCGUCCCAGCGUUAUGUGGAAGUCUUCUCUCACCGGCGGUCUACAAGCUUCUCCUGGAAGCACAAUUGAAUCGUUGGACAGCUCUGUUAGGAGGAGUUUUGAUCAUCUUUGAUAACUCACUUCUGACGCAAUCACGCUUCAUUUUGAUGGAGUCGAUGCUCCUAUUGUUCUGCACGGUGGGACUACUUUUUCUGCUGAGGUUCCAAAAGUCAAAGUUCAUCAGUGUCUCCUGGAUAUUGUACGGAUUACUCUCAGCGGCAUUUUUCACAUUUGCAGUCAGCGUUAAAUACGUUGGAUUCUAUUCGUUUUGUUUGGCUUUCAUCAUAACCUGUCGAUAUUUGUGGCAGCUUCUACCGAAUAAAUCAAUUUCAGAUGUACAAAUAAUCCUGCAAACAAUAGCUCGUUGGCUCAUUUUCACUGUGAUCCCAGUCGUCAUCUAUUUAACAAUAUUCUACAUUCAUCUCAACAUUCUCCACAAAGCCGGUCCCCAUGACAGUGUCAUGACAAGUGCCUUUCAAGCCUCUCUCGAUGGAGGACUGGCAUCCAUAACCAAAGGACAACCAUUGAAUGUAGUGCAUGGGUCACAAAUUACUCUACGUCACACUCACGGAAGGACAUGUUGGCUCCAUUCUCAUAAUCAUGUCUACCCAGUCAAGUAUCCAGACAAACGAGGCUCUAGCCAUCAACAACAGGUCACUUGCUACAGCUUCAAGGAUGUUAAUAAUUGGUGGAUUGUGAAACGACCGGAAAGGGAUGAUUUGGUCGUAGGUGAUGAUGUGGAUCCAAUUAAGGACGGUGACACGAUUCAAUUAGUGCAUGGCAUUACGAGCAGAGCACUUAACUCCCACGACGUUGCAGCUCCCAUGACUCCACAUAGCCAAGAAAUAUCAUGCUACAUCGACUAUAAUGUGUCCAUGCCAGGACAACUUCUUUGGAAUGUGAAUAUCAUAAACAAGGACGCGGAAGGACCUAUCUGGCAUGCAAUUAAGUCGCAGGUUCGUCUGAUUCACAAGUCCACAGGAUUCGCGUUGAGGUUCUCUGGGAAGCAGCUUCCGGACUGGGGAUUCAAUCAGCAUGAAGUUGUUGGAGAUCGUGUUUUGGAGCAACAAGAUACUAUUUGGAAUGUGGAGGAACAUCGUUAUACGAAAACCGAGGAUCAAAAGGAACGUGAACGUCAAAUGUUGAAUGCUGAGAUGAUACCCACAAGUCGGACAACGCUAACAUUUUGGGAGAAAUUCCUCGAGCUCCAGAGUAAGAUGUUAUGGCACACGGAACAACUUCAGAGCCACAUGUACAGUUCGGAACCAAUGGAAUGGCCCCUGAUGGACAAAUCCAUUGCAUAUUGGAUCGACAAAAAUUCCAACGCACAAAUUCAUCUUCUGGGAAACAUCCUUAUCUGGUACACUGGAAGCCUGUCGAUAGUCACUUAUGCCGCUUUAUAUGCCUUUUAUCUGAUGCGUCGGAGACGACUUUGCUACGAUCUUAGUCCAAGCGAAUGGAGUAGGUUCUUACUCGCAGGAGAGCUAUUCCUUGCCGGGUACCUUAUUCACUAUCUUCCAUACUUUUUUGUGGAAAGGACCAUGUUUUUGCACAAUUACUUGCCAGCUUUUCUAUUCAAAGUGCUUCUGCUGUGCUUCGUUAUUGAGCAUAUUGACUUAGUUCUAAGCAAGGUUUUCGGCAAUCGAAUGGUGACUUUGUUGUACAGGUCCUUAGUCUGCGUUUGGUUGUUGGCUGUACUGUUCGUUUAUAAAACGUUCUUAGCUUUGAGCUAUGGAAUGACUAAGUUAACAGCGGAAGAGAUUCUCGAUUUGAGGUGGAAGGACACAUGGGACUUCAUCCUGCGUAAAGACUUGUCGUGAUAGGCAUUGAGUGUAAGCUUAUUUAUAUGUUUCCAUAAUAUUAAAGUCCACGAAAAGAUUAAUAUUUAUGUUGUGCCUAAUGUAAUGUUUGUAAUAUAUUUUAUAUUAGAAUAAAAGUA